AUGACAGCACGGAUGCCUAAUCUUGCCAUGGGGGGGGGUGAGUUCCCCCGGGACUUCUCCGUGAUGGCGCUACUGAAGGCCGAGCCGGGCCACACGGCCGUCCUGCUCUCCGUCUACGACCGGCACGGUGGGCAGCAGUUAGGCAUCGAGCUGGGCCGUUCCCCGCGCUUCCUCUACCGUGACCAGGGCGGCCGGCCGGACCCCGAGGAGCUCCCGGUCUUCCGAGGGGCCAACCUGACCGACGGCAGGUGGCAUCGUCUGGCCUUCAGCGUGAAGCAGCAGCAGGUGACCCUCUUCCUGGACUGCGAGAAGAGAGCCAGCCUGCCCCUCCCGCGGGGGAACGGCCCCGGGCUGGACACCAAGGGCAUCACCAUCUUCGGGGCCCGGAUCCUGGACGAGGGGGUCUUUGAGGGAGACAUCCAACAGCUGCUGAUCAGCCCCAGCGCCCGGGAUGCCCAGGACUACUGCCAGCGCUACAGCCCGGACUGCGGGGGGCCCCCCCAGAAGCCCCAAGCCCAGGAAGCUGGGCAGAGGCCCCCCAGGCUUGAGACGCCGGCCAAGACGAAGCCCCCCACCAGCCCCAAGGCCAGGCAGCCCCAGAAGCGGCAGCUGCCCGGCCCCUCGCCCGCCGCCCUCAAGACCGACGCCCCGGAGAGGAAGGAACCCCAAGGAACCCGCAAGGGGCCCAGCGGCAACGGGAAGCCCUCGGCUGGCGGAAAGACCCCCAAGGCCAGCAGCCCCAGCGCCAAGGCGACCAUUGCCGACAAACCCUCUGCAGUGAAGAAGGCAGCCAGACCGGCCCAGGCAGCCCGGGGGCCACGAAGCAGCUACCAACAGGAGGAGGUGGCCGAGGAGGUGCAGGAGGGGCUCCUACCCGGCGUGGGUCUGGACCACGGCAACGGCGACCCGAACCCCGGCGACUUGGGCCCCCUGCGCUCAGCCCAGGCCUCCUAUGACGCUGUCGCAGUGCUCGGAGCCCGAGGACUGAAGGGCGAGAAAGGCGAACCGGCCGUCUUUGAACCUGCUGACGGCGCACGGGGGAUGCCUGGCGAGUCCGGCCUGAAGGGCGACCGGGGUUUCGACGGGCUGCCCGGCCUUCCCGGGGACAAAGGAUACCGGGGGGACCCCGGUGCGCAAGGCGUGGCUGGACCUCCGGGCGAAGACGGCGAGAGGGGAGACGAUGGUGAGAUCGGGCCUCGGGGCCUCUCCGGAGAAUCGGGACCAAGAGGCUUGCUGGGCCCCAAAGGGCCCCCAGGCGUCCCGGGGCCACAGGGCGUGCGUGGCGUGGACGGCCCCCACGGACCGAAGGGGAGUCUGGGUCCACAAGGGGAGCCGGGGCCCCCCGGCCAUCAGGGGACCCCAGGGACACAGGGCUUGCCGGGACCGCAAGGCGCCAUGGGGCCCUCUGGGCAAAAGGGACCCCAAGGGAAACCCGGACUUCCUGGCAUGCCUGGCUCGGACGGACCCCCGGGCCACCCAGGCAAAGAGGGACUUCCGGGCACCAAAGGGCAGCCGGGCCCCUCCGGCCCCCAAGGACUAGUGGGCUACCCGGGUCCCCGCGGAGGAAAGGGUACUGACGGCGUCCGUGGCUUGAAAGGGCAAAAGGGCGAAAAGGGUGAAGAAGGGUUCCUGGGCAUCAAGGGUGACGUGGGCCCAAAAGGCGACAGGGGCGAGCUGGGGGUCCCAGGGUCCCGUGGAGAAGACGGGCCCGAAGGCACCAAGGGGCGGACGGGCCCCUCUGGCGAUCUGGGUCCUUCCGGAUUGGUGGGAGAGAAGGGCAAACUGGGGGUGCCGGGUCUCCCCGGAUAUCCUGGCCGACAAGGCCUCAAGGGUUCGCAAGGGUUCCCCGGCUUUCCUGGAUCGAAUGGCGAAAAGGGGGUUCGGGGCCUCUCUGGGAAAAUGGGACCACGAGGCGAACGAGGACCCUCCGGCCCCAGAGGACAGCGGGGGCCACGAGGAGCCACGGGGAAGAUGGGAGCCAAGGGCACCUCUGCUGGGGAAGGGCCCUCGGGGCCCCCCGGAGAACGGGGUCAACCAGGACCGCAAGGCCCGAACGGAUUCCCCGGACCGAAGGGACCCCCGGGCCCCCCCGGGAAGGAUGGGAUGCCCGGCCACCCGGGGCAGCGUGGAGAAGUGGGGCUGCAAGGCAAGGCUGGCUCCCCAGGCGGGCCCGGCAUCGUGGGGCCACAGGGCCCCGCGGGGGAGACGGGCCAGAUGGGGGAGAGGGGCCACUCCGGCCCCCCCGGACCACCAGGAGAACAAGGGCUGUCGGGGCCCUCCGGGAAAGAAGGGACCAAGGGCGACCCAGGAACCGUCGGAGGGCCCGGGAAGGAUGGACCCCCAGGGCUGCGGGGCUUCCCCGGAGAGCGCGGCCUUCCCGGCACGGCUGGUGGUGGUGGAUUGAAAGGCAACGAGGGACCUGCCGGCCCCCCAGGACCAGCGGGGUCUUCCGGAGAGAAGGGACCCUCGGGAUCGGGAGGCCCCGGUGGGCCCCCUGGCAGACCCGGCCCCCAGGGACCACACGGACCAGCUGGAGAGAAGGGCGUGCCUGGUGAAAAAGGGCCUCUUGGCCCCGCUGGUCGUGAUGGUGCUCAGGGCCCCAUUGGGCUGCCUGGUCCUGCGGGACCACUUGGGGGCCCAGGUGAGGAUGGUGACAAGGGAGAAUUGGGGGACCCGGGUCGCAAAGGGCCCAAGGGGGGCAAAGGAGAGCAGGGUCCCCCUGGCCCCUCAGGCCCGCUCGGUACUCUCGGGCAGCCGGGUGCUGCGGGUGCGGAUGGUGAGCCAGGAGCGAGGGGCUCCCAGGGCCAUUUUGGAACAAAGGGGGAUGACGGCAUCCGAGGAUUCAACGGGGCACCAGGACCAAUCGGCUUGCAGGGACUGCCCGGACCAGGUGGGGAGAAGGGGGAGACCGGCGACGGGGGACCCCUGGGACCCCCGGGACCCCCAGGACCACGAGGACCAGCUGGAGCCUCCGGAGCUAGCGGUCCACAAGGUCCCACAGGAGGGAUUGGAAACGAGGGUCCGCCGGGACAAAAGGGCGAAUCAGGAGAGCAGGGCGGAUCCGGAGUCAACGGAGAGCCCGGCCCGAAGGGCCCACGGGGUGAGCAAGGAGAGAAAGGGGAAGCCGGAAGCGCUGGUGUGGCUGGACCCCCUGGAGGAAGAGGGCCCGUUGGGGACGAUGGGCCCAAGGGGAACCCGGGUCCGGUCGGCUUCCCUGGAGACCCUGGACCCUCUGGAGGAAUCGGGCCCCGGGGCCAAGACGGAGCUAAAGGCGAGCAAGGAGACAAUGGCGAACCCGGAGAGGCGGGGUCUCCGGGACCAUCCGGUGAGGCUGGUCCCCCUGGGCCACUUGGAAAGAGGGGCCCCGCUGGAGCCCCCGGCCCCGAAGGACGGGAGGGAGUAAAGGGCAAGAAGGGAGAAUCGGGCGCCCUGGGCCCCCCUGGCAAAACCGGGGCCGUGGGACCCCAGGGGACUCCUGGGAAACCCGGCAUGGAAGGCUUAAGAGGCGUCCCCGGAUCUGUGGGGGCUCAAGGAAAAACGGGGGCCACGGGCCAGGCUGGGCCCCCAGGACCUGCAGGGCCCCCCGGACUGCCUGGCCUGAAGGGUGAGACGGGCCCCAAAGGAGAGAAGGGUCACCCGGGACUCAUUGGCUUGAUUGGACCAGCCGGAGAGCAAGGAGACAAAGGGGAUCCGGGGCCCCCGGGCCCCUCAGGCAGUGGGGGUCUUAAGGGGGAGACUGGCUUCCCUGGACCGACCGGCCCUCUUGGCCCCGCGGGACCCCCGGGACUUCCUGGUCCUCCCGGUGUGCAGGGCGCCAAAGGAGCCUCGGGUGAAGCCGGACCCAAAGGACAGCGAGGCGUCCCCGGGCCGCCUGGGAAUCCGGGUCCGCCAGGCGAGGCCAUCCAGCCGCUGCCCAUCCAGCGUGCCAAGAAGAGCCGGCGCUCGGUGGACGGCAGCCAGCUGGUACCCGAGGAGGAGAUGGAAGCGGCCGACGAGCCAGCGGGUCAGCUGGCUUCCGGGCUGGUGGAGGGGAUCUACGGCACCCUGGAGACCCUCCGGCAGGAAAUCGAGGGGAUGCGGAAGCCGCUGGGCACCCGGGACAGCCCCGCCCGCACCUGCCAGGACCUCCGGCUGGGCCAGCCAGAACUGCCCGACGGCGAAUAUUGGAUCGACCCCAACCAGGGCUGUUCCCGGGACUCCUUCCGGGUCUACUGCAACUUCACGGCGGGAGGGGAGACCUGCGUCUUCCCCAGCUGGGAGUCCCGAGAGGUGAGGAGGGGGCUCUGGGAGAAGGAGACCCCCCCGAGGUGGUUCAGCCAGUUCCAGAAGGGCCGUCGGUUCUCCUACGUGGAUGCGGCUGGCCAGCCGCUGGGCGUGGUGCAGCUCUCCUUCCUCCGUCUGCUGAGCAUCUCCGCCCGCCAGAACUUCACGUACCACUGCCGGCACUCGGUUGCCUGGCACAGCCCGGAGUCCCCCGCCUUGGGGGGCUACCAGCGGGCGCUGCGCUUCCGUGGGGCCAACGAGGACGAGCUGAGCUACGACAACAGCCCCUACAUCAAGGCGGUGGUGGACGGCUGUGCGGCACGGAAAGCGUCCAGCAAGACGGUCCUGGAGGUCAACACCCCCCAGGUGGAGCACCUGCCCUUGCUGGACGUGCACCUGACGGACUUUGGGGAGCCCGGGCAGGGCUUCGGCUUUGAGGUGGGGGCCGCCUGCUUCCUGGGCUAG